AUGGCGGCGAAGGCGAUCUCGAGCCCCGUGCCGGUGGAGUGGUACCCGACGCUGGCCGUCGUCAUGGUAUCCGUUGGCCUCAUGUUCACCGCCUCCUUCUUCAUUUAUGAAGCAACUUCAUCCAGGCGGAGCCGUAGCCUGCCAAAGGAGAUCGCAACAGCAGCUGUUGCUUCUGUUUUCCUGAAAGGUGAUCGUAUCAUGCCUAAGUUAUCUUUGAUUGUUCCACAGGGCUUUGGGUCUCUGUUCGUGCUGCUUGCAAGUGGUGUUUACGUCUGA